UUGUCCUCACCCCCACUGCCUUCCGCUGGUGUCCAUGUGUGUUUCACAGGUUCACUCUAACAUAAAAACAUGGAUCUGAAUGUAACUAUCAAUCACACUGCAGGCACUAGAGUGACUCCUAACUUCCCUCUCAUCCUGGUCCUCUUUCCCGCUAACAACAAUUCCAGUCACCUCCCAGUGGAGGAGGUGAUUGAAGGUUUAAACCUCUAUGUAAUAGAAAGAACAAAUCCUGGAUUCAUCUAUCAGGUGGAGGCCUUUGACCCAGAGGACACAAGCCAGAACAUACCUCUCAGCUAUUUCCUCAUCUCUCCCUCAAAAAACUUCAGGAUGUCUGCGGACGGCACCCUCUUCUCUACCACAGAACUGAACUUUGAAGCAGGACACAAGAGCUUCAGUCUUCUCGUGGGAGUCAGAGACAGCGGGAACCUGACCGCCUCCACAGCGCUCCGGGUGACCAUUGUGAACAUCAACGAUGAGAUCCCACGCUUUACCAGCCCAAGGAGAGAGUACUCCAUCCCAGAGGAAGUGCGUCCAGGAACCAUCGUGGCGAACAUCACGGCGGAGGAUCCUGAUGACGAGGGCUUUCCUGGCCGCCUCCUCUACAGCAUCACUACCGUCAGCAGCUACUUUGUCAUAGACCAGCUGACUGGGACAAUCCAAGUGGCCCAAAGGCUGGAUCGAGAUGCAGGUGAACUGAGAGAGAAUCCCAUCAUUUCUCUGGAGGUUCUGGUGAGGGACAGACCUUCUGGGGGUCAGGAGAACCGUAUCCAGAUAACCUUCACUGUGGAAGAUAUCAAUGACAACCCUGCAACUUGCAGCAAGCUCACUUUCAGCAUUAUGUUGACUGAAAGCGCAGCCAACGGAACGUUGCUCUUGGACCUGAACAAGUUCUGCUUUGAUGACGACAGUGAAGCUCCGAACAACCAAUUCAACUUCACCACGCCAUCUGGAGCGGGGAGCAGCGGCAGAUUCUCACAGCAUCCAGCUGGCUCCGGGAGAAUUGUGUUAAUUGGUGAUCUAGAUUAUGAAAACCCAAGCAACCUAGCAGCUGGCAAUGGAUACAAGGUGAUAAUCCAGGUGCAAGAUGUUGCCCCUCCGUACUAUAAAACUAGAACCCGCGUUGGGCGUGUGCGAGCGACCGACACAGACUUCCCCCAGAGGAGCGUGGUGUAUUCCAUAUCCAGCGGAGGGGCCAGCCUCCGGCACCCAAACAUAUUUUGGAUUAAUCCCAAGACAGGAGAACUCCAGCUAGUAACUAAAGCUGACCACGAAACCACUGCCAUCUACACUCUCACAGUCGAGGCCACCAACGGCGAGGACACAAGCUCAGUCACUGUUACCAUAAACAUCCUUGGAGAAAAUGAUGAAAAGCCAAUAUGCACCCCAAAUUUUUACUUCAUGGCCAUCCCAGUGGAUCUGAAAGUUGGCACAAACAUUCAGAAUUUCAAGUUGACGUGUACCGACCUGGAUUCUAGCCCCAGAUCUUUUCGAUACUCCUUUGGCUCAGGCAAUGUCAACAGCCAUUUCACCCUCUCUCCCAGUGCUGGCUCGAACAUCACACGCCUGCUGCUGGCAUCCCCCUUCGAUUAUGCUGCUGGCCUCGAUGAGGUCUGGGAGUACAAGCUGCUCGUCUACAUUACCGAUGACAACCUGCUGUCUGGCAGGACAAGAGCCGAGGCUCUUGUUGAAACAGGGACAGUGACCCUCAGUGUUAAAGUCACUCCGCACCCAACCUCAAUCAUCACCGCAGUACACAGGCCCAGGAUCACCUACCAGAUCCUCAGGGAAAACACAUACUCUUCGUCAGCGUGGUACGUGCCCUUCAUCAUCACUCUGGGCGCCGUGGUGCUUGUGGGGCUGCUGGGGUCCCUGAUGGUGCUGCUGGUCAGAGCCAUCUGCAGACAUUGCUCCUCCAUGACAGGGAAGGACAAGAAACACCUGACAAAGAAGGGAGAUAGGAAAACUGUGAAGAGGGAGGCCGUGGUGGAAUCUGUCAGGAUGAAUACUGUCUUCGAUGGAGAAGCCACAGACCCAGUGACUAUGGAAAUCUAUGAAUUCAACUCAAAAACUGGCGCCAGGAGGUGGAAAGGCCCAUUAACCCAACUGCCCAACUGCUCGGAGCCCGGUCCCCAGCCCGGAGGCACAGUUGCAGGAGGGCAGUAACAGGUUCACAUCUAUCUGUGCUCUUCGGCUGAGAGUGCUGAUCUAUGCAGGCCAAGUUGCCCCUACGUGCUCUUAGCAAUGGCUGCCAGGAAACCCUUUCAGCUCAACCCCACAGUUUGCUUCUCCUAAUACACCCAUCCUUGUGCUCACUGAUAAAUAUAGCUCAACGCUGUACACGUUUGUGAGAGACCACGAGUUGUUUUUGAAAGACAUAGAUGAACACGGUGAGCCAAUCAUCUGCGAAGGAGUAUGACGUCAUUCUCUUAUUUUACUUUAAUUUUAUUUAGAUGCCUCUUGCAUUUGACAAACCAUGCAGACAGAGCUGAGGAGUUCACCCUGAUAAUAUGCAGGCUUCUCCCAGAGACAAUUACUAUCCUCUUCAUCAUUGUGGACUAGUUUUACCUUUUAAAAACUCAUAAAAAUGGC